GGUACAGUUUAACGAUUUCUUUUGUGUCUACGAUCAGCUUUAGUGCACUGCAAGUGACAGUCAAUCGUCUUCUGUGCAAUACUGAUUUCGGAUCGCUCGUGCAAACUCAUUACUAUUCAAUCAUAUUUUCAGUUGCUAUAUGAAGGCGGGGUAUCUCUACAAGUUUCAUUUACAACUAUCAGUGUCAUCUAUAUUAUAUGUUUCGUAAGUACGUUUCUAUGGUUACCACGGCGAAUUAUUCCCUAUCCAUUGCCAGACGACUUCGAAAUGAAAAUACGCUUUUCGUGUGAAAAUGUUGCUGUGAAAAGAGAAAACAAAAAACUACAAACUUUAGAUAAUGGUAAAAUUAAUGACGCUUUCGAAUUGGAGAGCAACAACAACAUUGUUAAAACUGGGACAAACCAUGCAAAUCUACAACUAUCAAAUGUUGACAAGCCAGUAGAGGAUAUACCACUGAAUAAAGAAGAUGGUUACCGAAUGGAGCAUUCACAACCUCUCAAAGCUGUCCUCUUGUCAUCCUUAUUUUGGACCAAUCUUUUGUGGUUUGUAUCCACCCACCUUCGAGUAAUUUUCUUCUUGGGUAAUUUCAACUCAUGGAUUACAUUCCUGACCAACGGCAACACACAGAAUGUUAGUAUGUACACAUCAGUGUUUUCGUUUAUGUCGUUCACUUCGAUUAUUGUUAGCCUUCUUGCCGGCGCAAUAAUUGACAGACGAACAAUGGCCCCAGUAGGAUCCCUUGCUUUUAAAUUAGAGAAAUUUCGUCAUUUCAUCCCGAUGUUUUAUCUCAACAUCGGCCUCGGUGUCCUGCUUUCUGCAUGUGCGGCCAUUCCUGUGUUAGAACUGCAAUACUUCACAUUCGUAGUGUUUGUUUUUCAUAGGACCUUUAACUACGGUCCUGCAACAGCAUUCAUUGCACAAGCAUUUCCAAUUGAACAUUUUGGACGGCUUUAUGGUAUAAAUAAUGUGAUAGGUGCCAUAGUAAGUUUGUUGCAGUACCCUCUGUUUAUCUGGAUCAAAGGACCACUUAAGAAUGAUUCCAUGUGGGUGAACAUUAUUCUCCUUUGUUUUGCCGCUGUGUCCGUUAUUCAUCCUAUCAACGUAUGGUUGUAUUGCCGGAUGAAUGCAAGUCGGAUACACAUAAACAGCGAACAGAAUAAAGUAAAGGAUAUGCACAGAGAAGAUAAUCAUAUACAACCAUUUUGCCCUCUGAAUUGGAAUCCAAGCCAUAUAAUAGCGUCAUUGCACAUUCAUGUACAAAUCAUCGACACAUUAACGUAUGCAGCUUAUAGCAUGGCGCACCUGUUCUCCAUAUGUAAAAUCUAGAAACAUAACAGAGUUUUCAAUAUUUUGAUACAAUUGUUUAUUAUUUUGCGAUAAUUAAAGCUUUAAUCGAGGAUAGAGAUACACAUAAUACUCUGCAUAAUAGACAUAUAAUUGAGCAACAUUUAAAUUUGAAUGCCUUUCUUACGAGAGUUAUUUUUAUACUGUAUUCGAACAUGACUGUAUUCACGCCUUCUAUAAACUGUAAACAAAGUCAACAUUUCACCCGGGGUAUAUUCGCGAACAAAAUCCCUGGUAAUA